CGGCGGCGGCGGAGGAGGAGGAGGAGGAGGAGGGGGAGCGCGGCGGCGGCCCGCCUCGGAGGCGGGCGACUGGAGCCCUGCCCUGGACCUGCUGGAGAUGGGCGGGUCGCAGCGGCCCCGACCGGCGGAGGUCGGCUGUGGCGUUGGGCUCACGCGCACCGGGUCGGGGCUCGGGCUCGGCGUCCCGAUCCCAUGGGGCGGCGGUCACGGGAGUGCCGGCCGGCCGCGGCCGAGCAGCGGCGGCGCGUCGCGCACCUUUGACCAGAAGUUCUGGUUCGAUCCGCUCUACAUUGAGGACCCGCUGCGCGAGGACAACAACGUGGGCCGCAACUGCUUCCGCGUGCGCAUCAUCCAGCAGGAGCUCGCGCGCGCCGCCAACGUCGUCGCGCAGCUCUCGGCCACAGUGGGCACGGUCGGGGGAGUGGUGAGGAGGGGGUGGGCCGACGUUGCCGCUGAGUCCACGGGCGAAGUCCCCCAUGGAGGCAGUGCUCCGGCAGGGUACGCGCUCGAGCAGACCUUCCCGCUGCUCUCGCAGGUCUUUAGCACCCACCAGCAGCCGCCGGCCGUGAGUACGUAGUCCUAGUGAUCUGUGAUCUGUGAGGGUCCGCCCGCAGGCGCAUUUUGUAUACCGAGGCGGUGCCCAGUCGUAGAGAUCGGCAGGUUGUCUACUGUAAAGAAAAG